GCCACUUCAAAGGGAAGGGCUGGCGGCGGAGAGGUGGUUCGGAGACCGAGCGGGACCGGGGCGUCUCACAGCCCGAUCCCACCCCGGCGCUUUGCAUAAAUAAAUAAAUCAUGCGGAGAAGGAGAGGUGGAGAGAGCGGGCGAGCAGAGGAGGUUACUUUGGGAAGCCGCGGCUCGCUCAUCCCAGCCCCGUCUUUUGGAGGGAGUGUGUCAUGUUACAGAGGAGCCACGAUCAGCCAGAGCGCAGCGUCGCCGGAACAGCUGAGAAUUACCUCUCUCUAAUGGGGACUUUCAUGUGUGAGCUCCUGGCCGGUCUGCGAAGGACUGAAACUGGCAGCUUAAAAGGAAAUCAAAACCUACCAGCGACUCAAAAGACUGAAAGACAGGAAAAAAAAAUCUCAUAAGAUUUUUUUUCUCUCCGAAUCUUUGCUGCAGUUGGAUCCUUUUUUUUUUUUUCCUUUUCUUUUCUUUUUUUUCUGCACCCCUUUUUGUAUGCGUGUGUUUUUAUUUUGCAUUUUUUAGACACCCCCGUCCACUUUUGUCAUUCUUGCUGUUAACUGUCAUUUGGUGGCACCGGGAUCCCCUUGGACGUUUGUUUUCUAUGCCUUCUGGAUUGUGCUUCUUGGAAUAGGAGGGAGGCUUUAUUUAUUCUAUUUAUUUAUUUAUUGUUUCUCAGGAUAGGGAGGGAAUGUUGGAGGAGAAGAGCUGGAAGGGUGUUGGUGAAGCAGCUUUUGAAAGGGGGUGCGUGGCUCCCCCCAGGACCGGAGACGGGGAGAGAUGCUGCCGCCUCCCGCUGCUGCUGGGCUCGGGGCUGCCCGGCAUCUCCCUGCUCUCUCUGGUGCUCAGCCUCCUGCUGUACUUUCGGACCUCUGAUCUGCAAUCCCGGGUGUCCCACUUGGAAGCAGACAGAUCCACGCAGCUCCCUGCCUGGCUCUCAGCAGACCAAAUGGAGACGGCUAUUUUGGGAAGAGUUGACCAACUGCUUGAUGAGAAAUUGAAGUUUCACUUGCCGAGACAUCGAGAAGUUCGAGAGACACACCAGCGAUGCAACUGCCCAGCAGGUCCACCUGGUGCUACAGGAAGACCAGGACUUCCGGGAGACAAAGGCGCAAUGGGGAUUCCUGGGCGGCCGGGACUAAAAGGGCAACCCGGAGAGAAGGGUGCUCCAGGAGAAGCAGGCAUGUCUAUCAUUGGACCCCGUGGUCCACCCGGACAGCCUGGAACAAGAGGUUUUCCUGGAUUCCCGGGUCCUAUUGGCUUGGAUGGCAAACCGGGUUAUCCUGGACAGAAGGGGGAGAUGGGUGCCACAGGUCCCCGGGGACAGCCCGGACCCCCAGGACAAAAAGGAGAAAAGGGUCAGUGCGCAGAGUACUCCCACAGGCUGUUGCCUCUCCUCAAUUCAGUGCGGCUGGCUCCACCUCCGGUCAUAAAGAGACGCACUUUCCAGGGUGAACAAGGACAAGCAGGAAUCCAAGGUCCUCCGGGGCCACCUGGCCCACCGGGGCCCGCUGGACCAGCUGGACCCAAGGGAACCCCAGGACAGCCCGGACCAAGUGGGUCACCUGGCAGAGCUGGAGAACCUGGGAAGCCCGGCAGAGAUGGAAAGGGCUUACCUGGGCCUCCUGGAGCAAAGGGAGACCCUGGGAUUCAAGGAUACCCUGGGAGAAAGGGUGAGGCGGGCAUGUCAGGCUUGCCUGGUGCGCAUGGCCUCCCUGGAGCUACUGGCCCCAAGGGUGAAAAAGGGGACACUGGCAUAAAGGGAGAGAGAGGCAUGCCAGGGCUGCCAGGAAGACAUGGCAUGAAGGGUGCUCCUGGGAUGGCCACGGCAGGGAUGAAGGGUGAGCCUGGGACUCCAGGAGAAAAGGGAGAUCCUGGAGUCCCAGGGAGGAUGGGCCCCCCAGGUUUGCCAGGGAAAAGGGGGCAGCGGGGCGAGAAGGGCCGAGCUGGUGAUCCUGGGCUCCCUGGCCCUAAGGGAGAGAAGGGAAAUGGUGAGAAUGCCUUGGUGGGAGGCAAAGGGGAACCUGGCCCUCCUGGUUUGCCUGGGCCCCCUGGACCAAAGGGAGAAGCUGGUGACGUUGGUGCUGCAGGAUCACGGGGGGAAAAGGGAGAACGUGGUGCACCAGGAGAGCAGGGACCCAUGGGGCCAAGGGGUCCCAAAGGAGAGCCUGGAAAGGAUGAAAUGAUGGACUACGAUGGUAACAUCAGUGAAGCUCUCCAGGAAAUACGAACCUUGGCCUUGAUGGGACCACCAGGACUUCCAGGUGUGGCUGGACCUCCAGGGCCACCAGGACAGAAGGGUGAAAUUGGCUUACCGGGUCCUCCAGGCCAUGAUGGAGAAAAGGGACCACGAGGCAAGCCAGGAGAAAUGGGUCCCCCUGGACCUCAUGGACUGCCAGGAAGGGAUGGACCACCUGGAAUAAAGGGAGAGCCGGGCCAGAUUGGGGUUGCAGGAGAAAAGGGGCAUAAAGGAGAGCCAGGACAAGCAGGCUCACCGGGUCUUGAUGGCCCCACUGGAGAGAAAGGAGAACGAGGUGACCAAGGGAUGCCAGGACCACCAGGAUUGCCGGGUCCCAUUGGACUUCCAGGAUUGACAGGAGAGAAGGGUCAGCCUGGGGAGCGUGGAGACAAAGGAAAUCCAGGAGAAUCGAUGUCUGGCCCCCCUGGACCUCAAGGCCCACCAGGACCUCCAGGUCUUCAGGGCCUUCCAGGACCAAAGGGGGAAGCAGGGAUUGAUGGAAUGAAAGGAGAGAAGGGUGUCCAGGGUGAAAAAGGAGACAGAGGGCCACUGGGAUUACCCGGUGCUUCAGGUUUAGACGGCAGGCCUGGACCACCGGGUACUCCAGGACCAAUUGGGGUUUCGGGACCAGCAGGACCAAAAGGAGAAAGGGGUAGUAAAGGAGAUCCUGGAGUUGUAGGACCAAUGGGACCAGCAGGACUUCCUGGUUUACAAGGUCUGCCAGGUGACAAAGGAAUCCGGGGGGAGAGGGGCAAGAAAGGCUCUAGAGGGUCUAAAGGGGAUAAGGGAGACCAAGGAGCGCCUGGAUUAGAUGCACCCUGUCCGUUGGGAGAAGAUGGCCUUCCGGUUCAAGGCUGCUGGAAUAAGUGAUUGUUCUAACCCUGGACUGGCCUGUGUGUGUUAUUGUACAUAGAAUAUUUAUUUUUAUACAGCAUUCUUCUCUGAAAUGCUCGAAGUUAUGCAUUUUUACAACUUAUCAAGAAGCUGCGUAUUUUUUGUACAGGAAAUACUAGAUCUCCCUUCAUCCCUGUUUGUCAGUUCUCUGUGUAUGUCUUCAUUAUGCUUGUUUUGUCAUGGAGUACAGCUGUAAUAUUUACAUGAUACGUGUGUGCACAUGAUGGAUAUAGGAACUUAAUAAAUUAUUGCAUUAAAAGUGCCCAAAGGAACUGCCCUGUA